AUGACUUCAGACAUUUCAUUUGAGGAUUUGAAGAACGAGAAUGUUGAUCUUGAAAACAUUCCAAUUGAUGAAGUUUUUCAGCAGCUAAAAUGUACAAAAGAGGGUCUCUCAUCCGAGGAAGGAGAGAAGAGGCUCCAAAUAUUUGGACCAAACAAGCUAGAGGAGAAAACAGAAAGCAAGCUCCUCAAGUUUUUAGGUUUUAUGUGGAAUCCAUUAUCAUGGGUUAUGGAGGCAGCUGCUAUCAUGGCCAUUGUAUUGGCCAAUGGAGGGGGAAAGCCACCGGAUUGGCAAGAUUUUACUGGUAUUGUGGUGUUGCUUGUCAUUAACUCAACCAUUAGUUUCAUUGAGGAAAACAAUGCCGGAAAUGCUGCAGCUGCUUUGAUGGCUGGUCUUGCCCCCAAAACCAAGAUCUUGAGGGAUGGAAAAUGGAGUGAGCAAGAGGCUGAAAUUUUGGUACCAGGAGAUAUCAUUAGUAUCAAGUUGGGUGACAUUGUACCAGCCGAUGCCCGUCUGUUGGAAGGAGACCCCUUAAAGAUUGACCAGUCUGCCCUCACUGGUGAGUCCUUGCCGGUAACAAGGAACCCUGGGGAUGAGGUCUUCUCUGGUUCAACUUGCAAGCAAGGUGAAAUUGAGGGUAUUGUCAUUGCCACUGGUGUACACACCUUCUUUGGUAAAGCUGCACACCUUGUUGACAGCACCAACAAUGUUGGUCACUUCCAAAAGGUGUUGACAUCCAUUGGUAACUUCUGUAUCUGCUCAAUUGGUGUGGGAAUGUUUAUUGAGCUCAUUGUGAUGUACCCGAUCCAGAAUAGAGCUUACAGAGAUGGUAUUGACAACUUGUUGGUGCUUCUCAUUGGAGGUAUCCCAAUUGCCAUGCCAACUGUCUUGUCUGUGACCAUGGCUAUUGGAUCUCACCGCCUUUCUCAACAAGGAGCAAUCACCAAGAGAAUGACAGCCAUUGAAGAAAUGGCAGGAAUGGAUGUUCUCUGCAGUGACAAGACUGGAACUCUCACUCUUAACAAGCUUAGCGUGGACAAGAACUUGAUCGAGGUUUUCCCGGCUAAUAUGGACAAGGAUAGUGUUGUCCUAUAUGCUGCAAGAGCUUCAAGAAUCGAAAACCAGGAUGCCAUUGAUGCGUCAAUUGUGAAUAUGUUGGGUGAUCCCAAGGAGGCGAGAGCGGGAAUUACUGAGGUGCAUUUCUUGCCCUUUAAUCCCGUGGACAAGCGCACAGCUAUUACCUUCAUUGACCAAAAUGGUGAUUGGCACAGAAGCAGCAAGGGUGCUCCUGAGCAAAUUAUUGAGCUCUGUGAACUUAAGGGAGAGACUUUGAAAAAGGCACACAAAACCAUUGAUGAGUAUGCGGAGCGUGGGCUACGUUCCUUGGCUGUUGGUUUGCAGACUGUUUCAGAAAAAACCAAGGAGAGUGCAGGAGAACCAUGGGUAUUCUUGGGUCUCUUACCCCUCUUUGACCCUCCGAGACAUGACAGUGCGGAGACUAUUCGCCGUGCCCUUGACCUCGGUGUUAAUGUUAAGAUGAUCACUGGUGACCAACUUGCCAUUGGAAUUGAAACCGGUCGCAGACUUGGAAUGGGAACCAACAUGUACCCUUCAUCCUCCCUUCUUGGCCAAAGCAAGGAUGCAUCUAUUGCAACAAUUCCAAUUGAUGAGCUCAUUGAGAAGGCUGAUGGAUUUGCUGGAGUCUUCCCUGAGCACAAGUACGAGAUUGUCAAGAGGCUGCAGGAUAGGAAGCACAUCUGUGGUAUGACCGGAGAUGGUGUGAACGAUGCACCAGCAUUGAAGAAGGCAGAUAUUGGUAUUGCAGUCGCUGAUGCAACUGAUGCCGCAAGGAGUGCCUCAGACAUUGUCUUGACCGAGCCAGGAUUGAGUGUGAUUGUGAGUGCUGUGUUGACAAGUAGGGCCAUCUUCCAAAGGAUGAAGAACUACACAAUCUAUGCAGUUUCCAUCACAAUCCGUAUCGUUCUUGGGUUCUUGCUCGUUGCUCUAAUCUGGCAGUUUGACUUUUCUCCUUUCAUGGUUUUGAUCAUCGCCAUUUUGAAUGACGGAACCAUUAUGACCAUCUCCAAGGACAGGGUGAAGCCAUCUCCUGUUCCUGACUCAUGGAAGCUCAAGGAAAUCUUUGCCACCGGAGUCGUUCUUGGAACAUAUAUGGCCCUCAUGACUGCAGCUUUCUUCUUUAUUGUUCAUGACACCAAUUUCUUCACAGAAACUUUCGGUGUCGUCCCAAUUUCAGACAGCGAGGAACAUCUUAACUCAGCUCUCUACCUCCAAGUGAGUAUCAUUAGUCAGGCACUUAUCUUUGUUACCAGGUCAAGGAGUUGGUCAUUUGUCGAGCGUCCUGGUUUGAUGCUUCUUGGAGCCUUCAUUGCUGCACAAAUGGUGGCAACUCUCAUUGCUGUGUAUGCACACUGGGACUUUGCUAGAAUCAAUGGAGUAGGGUGGGAAUGGGCUGGAGUUAUCUGGAUCUACAGCAUUGUCACAUACAUUCCUCUUGACAUCCUCAAGUUUCUUAUCCGCAUGGGACUCACAGGCAGUGCCUGGGACAACAUGCUCCAAAACAAGACUGCAUUCACAACAAGAAAGGACUACGGGAAAGGUGAGAGGGAGGCUCAAUGGGCUCAGGCUCAACGCACAAUGCACGGCCUUCAAUCCCAUGAGGCCCCGAAGAACAAUCACCACAAUGAGCACUCUGAAAUGGCUGAACAAGCUAAGAGACGUGCUGAGAAUGCUAGGUUGAGAGAGCUACACACACUCAAGGGACACGUUGAAUCCGUUGUCAAGUUGAAGGGUCUUGACGUUGAAACCAUGCAGCAGCACUACACAGUCUAA